UUUUUUUUUUUUUUUUUUUUUUUUAAAGGAACAUGCAGUGGUCACCAUCUGUGAUUUGUAUUGUCUGGAUACAAAUAUUUUUAAUGUUUCUACCGACAACUAAAUGUCAGAUGUUGUAUGAUUCAAAUAAAGAAAACUGGGACUUACAAAACCAAAUGAUGAAAAUGAAGGAUGAAAUGAUUCGAUUACGUCAGGAAAAUCAAAUGAAUGGGAAAGUUGUAGCUUUUUCUGCAACUGCAGACAGCAGUAUUCGUCAAACAAUCACAAAAGAAAGGGAGAUAAUUAUCUUAAAGAAGGUACUAAACAACGAAGGGGACGGAUAUAAUUCUGAAACAGGAAUAUUCACAGCACCAAUGGCUGGAAAAUACGCCUUUUACUUCUCUGUACAAGUACGACCUAAUAAAAGACUGGGUAUCUAUUUAUAUGUCAAUGAUGAUAAAAAGGCUGAAGCCCUGGCGGGACUAAAUAUCGAACACUUCGACACCGGAAGCAACAUGGCGACUCUCUCAUUGCAGAAAAAUGACCGGGUGUGCAUUAAGUCACAUCCCAAAAAUGACCAAAUAGUUGAUAUUCAGUUUAGUGGAAACAGCUUCUCUGGGUUUUUACUUUCUGGAAAAUAAUUUUUUACAUUUAAUUUGAAUGUCUUGGACCGUUAGGAACAAAAAGAUGCCCUGAAUAUGUGUAUUUUUUUCUUUAUUGCUGUAUCCAGAGACAUAUGAGAAAAGAAAAUCUUAUAUGUCUCUGUUGUAUUUUAUUGUGUACAUAAAAAUAUUUCGCAAAAAUGAAUUUUAUAAUUUUAAAAACGCGUAUCUUGUUUGCACUG